GCAAAUAUAGAGAUACAUAUUUCUGGCUUUGUUGUUAUGUUUCAUUUUUUGGAAUAUACAGAAACUUUCUUACCAAUUUCCCUAGGAGCUGAGGACAAAACGACGUAGUUCUCUGAGCUGAUUAUUUGGAUUUGUAAAAUUAAAAAAAAAUUCCACUCUUUUGAACAAUAGUUGGGUUAGAGAUUAAAAAUUAGGGUUUGCUGUUUGAGCUGUAGGAGUAUCUUAUCUUAUUGAGUAUUAAAGCUGGCUAUGGAUUACGAGCCCUACGAUAGCAGCGGAACUGAUGAUGAUCUGCCCCCAUCACAUCAAAGCAGAAUUCCUAGAGGGGGGCGUGUGGCUGGGAACGGACGGCCAGUUGCAGCUUCUAUGCCAUACCCUAGAAUGUAUGGUGAAACUGACAUGGAGACCCAGAUUCACCAACUUGAGCAAGAAGCAUACAGUUCAGUUCUAAGAGCCUUUAAAGCUCAAGCUGAUGCCAUUACUUGGGAGAAAGAAAGUCUGAUAACAGAACUUAGAAAGGAAUUGAGAUUAUCUAAUGAGGAGCAUAGGGAGCUUCUUGGCCGGGUUAAUGCUGAUGAUGUCAUCCGAAGGAUAAGGGAAUGGCGACAGACAGGUGGACUUCAAUCUGGCAUGCUUGGUACAGGUCAAGCUGUUCAUGACCCAAUACCCAGCCCCACUGUCUCUGCAUCUCGCAAGAAACAGAAGAUUACCCCUUCAGUACCUUCUCAAUCUUUCGGUGGGCCAUCUCCAUCAUUUCAUCCACAAGCUGUUUCUGCUUCACAUCAACCAUCUUCCUCUGCUAAACGUGGACCUGUCAGUGGAUCAAAGAGCAAGAAGCAAAAACCUGCUUUACCAGGUGCAUCGUCAAUGAAGUCCAUUCCAUACCCAUCCUCAGGUCCAUCUGGAAGGGGUCAAGUAGCUAAUAGAAUUUCUUCUGGUGCUGCUCCUGAAGGAGCUAUACCAGAAUCAUUAGUUGGGAAGAAAGUCAAGACUAGGUGGCCUGAUGACAAUAACUUUUAUGAAGCUGUUAUAACUCAAUAUAACCCUGUUGAGGGACGACAUGCUUUGGUAUAUGAUAUGGGAUCAGCGAAUGAGACAUGGGAGUGGGUUAAUCUUUCUGAGAUCUCUCCUGAGGAUAUACAAUGGCAAGUCGAGGACCCUGAAGUAUCUCAUCGAGGGGGUUAUGGUCAAUCAGGCUAUGGAAUUAACAGAUCUGCAGGACGUGAUAAUGUUCCAGGCAUAGGAAGAGGCAGAGGUGUCCCAAAGGGUCAAUCCAGAAAAGAAUUGUUGCCUUCACAGAAUGGAGUUGGAAAGAAGAUGCCAGAUGAUAUACAAAUUCUUCACACUGAUACUCUAAUCAAGGAAGUGGAGAGAGUCUUUGGUACAAAUCAUCCUGAUCCUCUUGAGAUUGAGAAAGCGAAGAAAGUGUUGAAGGACCAUGAACAAGCACUUAUUGAUGCAAUUUCAAGGAUUGCAGAUAUUUCUGAUGGGGAGAGCGAUGAGGGAGGCCACCACUACGGGCAGGCCAUGGAGAGGGAAUGAUCAAAACAGUUAUUGUUCUAAUGGAUGCAGCAUUAUUUAUACUACUGGCGAUAAAGAAAAAAACUGGCUGGACAAAGGGAGGAUUCUUUGUUAUGACAAAAGAUGGGCUAGACGAGACUCCUCAGAUUUUAGAGACACAAAUGACUGUAAGAUCAUUUUCUUGUAUAAUAUUUUCCAUAAUUAUAUAUAUUUCUGGGUUCGGUCCAUUAGGAUAGGUUUUGUUGUAGGUGAUAAAAUUGUUGUAGCCAGUUGAUAAUAUUUUUUCUUUUAAAUUUUUUAAGUUAGCAGUAAAAUCUUCAGUUUGGGAAUAUGUAACAUCAUUUGGUUAGUGAUUAGUGCUACGGUCAUGAUGUAAAAAUUUUGUUUUAUUGCUACAUCAUAAUGUUGCUUGUUGCAAUUAA